GGAAGCAGAGGCAAGGCUGAUUUCUGAGUUCAAGGCCAGCCUGGUCUACAGUAUGAGUCCAGGACAGCAGAGCUACAUAGAGAACCCCUGUCUCUAAAAAACAAACAACAAAAAAUUACUUUGUAUUAGUACCUUCAGAAACACAAGUUUGUCAUUCACAAAAUUCUACUGAGCCUAAAGACAUUUCUUGAAUUUCUGUCCUGCGUUGCCCUUCUAAAAUAUUAACAGACCCCAGGUUUGGGAUUAUACUUAUUAUCCAGUACUUGAGACUGAGGCAGGCUGGGCAAGGUGGCCUACACCUGGGCAGGUAGGCAGAUCUCAGUUUGAGGCCAGCCUGGUCUACAUAGUGAGUUCUAGGACAGCUGGAGGCACAUAUAAAGAACCUCUCUCAAAAAUAGAAAAAAGAAGAAGAAGAGGAGGAAGAGGAAGAUGACAAGAAUGGGGACGACAAGGAGGAGGCAGGAGUAUUGCCAGUGUGAAAGCCAGCUUGGGCUACUCAUGGAAUUAGAUCCUGCUUCAAAAGACCAUAAACAGACAAAACAAAACAAACAAGCUACGUGUGGUGGCGAAUGUUUGUAAUCCUAGCACUUGGGAGAGAGGCAGAAGGAUCCGGAGUUCAGUCUGUUUACAAACAGGCAAAUCAGCAGAGACCUUGAAAUCCUGGGGGAGGGGAUGGAAAUCAGUCAAGGUUGCUUUUAUCUCCCUCAACCAGUUUUGAGUUGUAAUUCAGAAGAGAGCUGGGCUUUGCUUCCAGUUUAGAGGGUUGACUCUGAAUAGGAGCCUGACAUUUAAUCAGAUUUAUGGAAUAAUGAGACUCAGAGAUCAUAAAGAGACAUUAUGAGAUCGCCCUCUUUGCUCCCUGUGAGCCUCAGCCUAGGAAUGUUCUGAACUCCCUCAGCUCUGCCCUGCCAGUGAGUUAGGUGUUGACAGUGGCCGACUUGGAGAUGGCUAAGUGCUAGUUUGCAGUUUUGAGGGCACCACACAUUAUUGAAUGUUGAGUCAGUCACAGGGAGAAGCUAAGCUUUCCUUUAAACUUGGCUGCUUUCUCUUUUGACCUUGUCUGCUUAUUGUGGCUGCUUUUUGAGAAAAGACAACAGCGGGAAGAGAGUGGCUAAGAAGGACACUUCAGUCAGAGAGGCAGUGACAGAGUUACCAUUCUCUUUCGGCUCAGUCACACCCUUAUUAUGAAUCUGAUGCUCUAUGCCCAGGUCUCUGUGGCUGGGCUGCUCCAGCCUGGCGGACAGCAUGCCCUCGCUGCGAUGCCUGUAUAACCCAGGGACUGGCGCACUCACAGCUUUCCAGAAUUCCUCAGAGAGAGAAGACUGUAAUAAUGGCGAACCCCCUAGGAAGAUAAUACCAGAGAAGAAUUCACUUAGACAGACUUACAACAGCUGUGCCAGGCUCUGCAUAAACCAAGAGACAGUAUGUCUAACAAGCACUGCUAUGAAGACUGAAAAUUGUGUGGCCAAAACAAAACUUGCCAAUGGCACCUCCAGCAUGAUUGUGCCCAAGCAGCGGAAACUCUCAGCAAGCUAUGAGAAGGAAAAGGAGCUGUGUGUCAAGUACUUUGAGCAGUGGUCAGAGUCUGAUCAAGUGGAAUUUGUAGAACACCUUAUAUCUCAAAUGUGUCAUUACCAGCAUGGGCACAUCAACUCCUAUCUAAAGCCUAUGCUGCAGAGGGAUUUCAUAACUGCACUGCCAGCACGGGGUCUGGACCAUAUUGCUGAGAACAUUCUGUCAUACUUGGACGCCAGAUCACUGUGUGCUGCUGAGCUUGUGUGCAAGGAAUGGUACCGCGUGACGUCGGACGGCAUGCUGUGGAAGAAGCUCAUCGAGAGGAUGGUCAGGACAGACUCUCUGUGGCGAGGCCUGGCAGAGCGCAGAGGGUGGGGACAAUACUUAUUCAAAAACAAACCUCCUGAUGAGAAUGCGCCUCCCAACUCCUUUUAUAGAGCGCUUUAUCCUAAAAUUAUACAAGACAUUGAGACAAUAGAGUCCAAUUGGAGAUGUGGGCGACACAGUUUACAGAGAAUCCACUGCCGGAGUGAAACAAGUAAAGGGGUCUACUGUUUACAGUAUGAUGACCAGAAGAUAGUCAGUGGCCUUCGAGACAACACCAUCAAGAUCUGGGAUAAAAGCACACUGGAAUGCAAGCGGAUUCUCACAGGCCACACAGGCUCUGUCCUGUGUCUGCAGUAUGACGAGAGGGUGAUCAUCACGGGCUCCUCAGACUCCACCGUCAGAGUGUGGGACGUAAAUGCAGGGGAGAUGCUAAACACAUUGAUUCACCACUGUGAAGCCGUCCUGCACCUGCGCUUCAAUAACGGCAUGAUGGUGACCUGCUCCAAAGACCGAUCCAUUGCUGUGUGGGAUAUGGCUUCCCCAACUGACAUCACCCUCAGGAGGGUGCUGGUGGGCCACCGAGCUGCGGUCAAUGUUGUCGACUUUGAUGACAAGUACAUCGUUUCUGCCUCUGGAGACAGAACCAUAAAGGUGUGGAACACAAGUACCUGUGAAUUUGUAAGGACCCUAAAUGGGCACAAGCGUGGUAUCGCCUGUUUGCAGUACAGAGACAGGCUGGUGGUGAGCGGCUCCUCUGACAACACCAUCAGGCUGUGGGACAUAGAGUGCGGUGCAUGUCUGCGAGUGUUGGAAGGCCAUGAGGAAUUGGUACGCUGUAUUCGAUUUGAUAACAAAAGGAUAGUGAGUGGGGCCUAUGAUGGAAAAAUUAAAGUGUGGGAUCUUAUGGCUGCUCUGGACCCGCGUGCUCCUGCAGGGACUCUUUGUCUACGGACGCUUGUGGAGCAUUCUGGAAGAGUUUUCCGACUCCAGUUUGAUGAAUUCCAGAUUGUCAGUAGUUCACAUGAUGACACAAUUCUCAUCUGGGACUUCCUAAAUGAUCCAGCCACUCAUGCUGAACCGCCCCGCUCCCCUUCUCGGACAUACACCUACAUCUCCAGAUAAAUAACGCGACACUGGCCUCAUAAUUGCCCAGGACUCGUUAACGUUGCAGUAUUUAACAUGCCUGCCAAGACCAGGAUGAACAACAACAAUCAAACUCCCACCCGGAUUCCUGGACGGACCAGCGAGGAGCAGGCCUUUGAGACUCCUGUUGGGACACAGCCGGUCAGCAGCCGACCAGGACGGUCUGCUCGGCACACCGGCUGCUUCAGUGCUGCUAUCAGAAGAUGUCUUUAUCUUGUGUGAAUGAUUGGAACUUUCAAGCCUCCCUCCCCUCUCCUUCCCCCUUCCUCUGCACCUGUUUCUCUCCCAUUGGGUUCCAGACAAAGAUGACUUAUAAAUAUAUUUAGUGUUUUGCCAGAA